AUAUACCAUAAAAAUCAUAAUAACAAAAAAACCACUUAUCUAUUUUUUUUAAGUUAACCAUUAUAUACCUCCACUACUUCUUGUAACUCCAUGUUUGUAUUAAAAUUUUUUUGUUAAACCUUGACGCUUUCUCAGUACAAUUUCAUAUUAAUUUUCUUUAGUACUUUCGACCACCCAGCCUUCUUGAACGGGUCCAAGUCCACUCCUCCCAUGUCCUUCUUCUCUUUCCAUCUCUCGAUCUCAGAUAUCUUCUAUCUCAAAGAUGCUGCGAUGGGAUCAUUUAACUGCAGGAGUUCUCUCCGUUCUCGUCCUCUCAUCUGUCCUCGUAGUCUUUAUCCGUCGCUGGUGCUGUUUACGUCGACCGGAGAGCUCCAUCGCCCUUAACGAAGCUAGCCCCAUUCGAAGCAAUAGCUUUCGAACUAAAAUAUCCAAGCUCCACCAAACCAGUCUUAUCCACCAGCUAGAUACCUCCGACAUUAAACGCCGAGGAAAUAUCAACAGCUAUUACGCCUCAUGUAGCCCCGCAACCAGAGGAUUCCCAUUGAAACCUGGUCUAUUCACCUGGACAGACCAUCCUGCUUUGGUGACUGAAGCGGUCGAGAAUGGGUGGAUAAGAUUCGGAUUCGCUGUCCAUGCAUUGGCUCCUUCGGUGUUUGGGUCCUCUCCGCGGUCGAAUCUUCGAGGGAUCUGCAGGACAGCAAGGAGCGAAGAUUCUGGUGUAGUGAUCACAUGGGAAGUGUCAAACGGAUCCGUAGAUUUCACUCAAACGAUCAAGUUUAAUCAACUGUUUAGCGAGACACUCAACGGGAAAAACCCAUUGAUGGUUCUUAGAGGAGCUCUGCCACUUCCCGGACCACAACUCCUAAAUUCUGCUUUCCCACAAGAUGCUUACUUUGAAAUCACAGUUCUCGAAAUCCUCCGUCGCGGCGGGGGGGUUAGUGACGUAGGCACUGACCUUGCAUCAGUGGAAGGUGAAAAAACUAAGUUGUUCAAAAGCGAAGGACCAAAAUUCGACAAAAGUAAAGGAUGGGACGGUGAAAACGAAGAAGCCGUUUUGUCUCUAGGACUAGGGACUGGUGGUUCCAUUGGCGUCGGCGAAGCGCGACUGCCUGGAAAGUUUCCUGCUUCUAUUGGAUUCCAAUCGGACGGUGCGGUUUAUCUCGAUGGAAUGAAGCUGGUUUGUAAAUCGGAGAAACAUGAGUGGGCAAAGGAAAACAAGGCUAUUGGUUGUGGUUACGACCCAAAGAAGAAGAAGGUUUACUUCACGGUCGACUCGCACUUGGUUCACGUUAUUAACUGUAAAGCAGACGAAUUCGGGACACCUCUAUACCCCACCCUUGCUUCCAACACAGAGGCCACAGUUCUUGUCAACUUGGGGCAAUUUCCAUUUUACUAUGGUCCGGCAAAUGUGCAACGCACACCUAACCCUUGUGCUGGUGCUGCAUUCGGGCUUGAGGACAGCAAAGAGCUCUUCUCCAUUGGAAGAUUAGAUUCUCAGUAUUUAAGCAAUUUUAUCAUUAGAGGAAAUAGUGACGAGAUUGCUAGCGGAAGAACUACUGUGGGAAAUAGCAACAGACGUAAGCUUGACUAUGACGAAGAGUCUGAUGCUGAUCUUUUUGAAAUUACACUGGAACGUUUUGGUAAACCAAAUCUUAUCAGGUUAUAGUAUUUUAUAUCAUAUAAUAAUACGAUUUCGUCUAAAGUAGUGCGUUUUUAUUGUACAAAUAAGUAGACCUCAAGUUCAUGCAUCUUGCAAAUACUUACAGAACAAAAAAUUAUUUGCACUCUUUUUCAAAAGCUUUCUGAGUGAGAUAUCAUGGUUUUUAUUGUUUUUAAUCAUGAUAUAAGUCUUUUUUAUUGAGUCUUUUUGGUCUUUUUAGAGUCCUAUUAGAGUCUUUACAUGUUAUAGCAUGUCUGGACCAUAAUUGGAGAUAUUGAAGCUUUUUGGAGCAUUGCAAGUUGAAUCCACGAAGUAUCCAGCUCGGAGGAGAAAGUAUGCAUUUGGGUGACGCUCGUCACCAUUUAUGGUGAUGCUCGUCACCCACAAAGGAAGGAGCAUGGUUGAUUUGUUAAAAGUAUCAAGAUUAUUUGCAGAAUUGGCCCCUAAGUUCCAGUAUUUGCAAGAAGGCUCCAGAUCGUGUUUUAGCUUCUAUAUAUU